AUGUCUUGGGCCCUAACCCUAGAGCUUCCAUCCGAACUCAUCCAGCAAGUCCUGAACCAUUUCAUCGACGACCUUCUCGGCGAUCAUGACAUAGACUGGAUUUCCGAGGACGACAUUCCCAGAGGCGAACUACCCCAGCUGCUGGACCCAUGGACAAAAUAUCGCCACAUCCCGCUCUUUAGCAGCCAGAAGCGUCGCAUUGAGCGCCACUACCGCGACCACUGGCUCAGCAGGGUCAUGAUUUACCUGUACCUGGACCCAAACAUGUACAAUACCUCGCGCAGGAUGCUGUACUGUCGAUAUCUCUCCUGCCCCGAAGGCAAGGAUCUUGCAAUGGCGCUGCCAGAAGUUGAAGUCAAGGAAGGUGGGGAUGGUGGUGCCGAGGCAGACGCGGAGGAGAAGGUCACCUUCUUUCUACGGGGUGCAGUGCGGUCAGCUCGCGAAAACUCGUACGGAGAGACCUCGAAGCGAGAAUUCGGCAAUGUACCGGAAAUUCUGCCUCGCGUCGAGAACGCGUGGGCGAAGGUGCUAAAGGGGAAGACAGAACGACUCGGCCUGGCGCUGCGCACCAAGGAGCAGACUCUCGAGUCGGGACCCGAGGAUAAUUUGUGGACAAGCGAGAGCGAAGUCGUGCUGAAGGGCUUGGAGGUGUUGGACCAUGGUCGGCGGGUGCAGUUUAACUGGAAAAAGCUGAUGAGCAAAGUCUUGUUGAAGUUCGGAUUGUACAACGGGUACACUUACGUUCCUGAACCGGGAGUGGAAGUGAGCGAAGAUGAGGAUGAUUGGGAUGAGUCGGAUUAAUGGG